AUGUUGUUUUGCAAUGGCAGUGAUUACACUAAAAGCUUUUGUUAUUGGAUUAUAAUUGGCGGUUGGAACAAUUCAAAAUCUGCCAUACGAAGAUGCCCAAUAGGAGCACCUAAGCCCAACAUGGAAGCUGAAGACAAGGAAUGCAGUAUAGACAAAGCUUCAGCCAUUCAUGCUCCAUUGUCUUCAACUGAAUGGCGAACUUUUCUGUUAUGGGACAUCAUAAAUCGGAAUAUAUCUCUUUAUGAUUCUACCACUACACAGUUUUUAUGAGAUAUCAGGAUACGAAACUGCAAACAAGUGAAACGGAAAAAUAGAAAAGGAAAAAACUCGGACUUUUUCAACUAUUAUCACAUGUUCAUAAGAAGCGCUGAUAUGAUGAUCUAUCGAUUUCACGUAUAUUCUUUUCUACACACUACUAUUGCAAAUGCAACUUUAACAAGUCCCACCUUUCAGUUUAAUAAGAUGUGUAUACAAUUAUUACUUGGCCUCUGCGCAGAAUGUAUGAGUAUAAUACUAUAUGACAGAACAGGCAACAUAGAACUGAAACGUGGUCUUGUAAAACGCUUUUUUAAAGCUACAAGCCACGACUUGCCUACAUGCAAUACAUCACAAUUAAAUAUACAACGAAUAAUUAUGAUAGCGUGAAAAAUGAAAUUAACGCCUAAACUUACAUACAGUUCUAACCCAUUGUGGGCGGUGGCAAAUAUUCGUCGAUGUCCCACGAAUGCGUCUUUAAGAUGGAGUCGUCUGCAUUCUAUUAUACCAUCUAUAGUAUGGAACAAGUUUCCAAGCGUAACGUGCCAAAAAUUAUUUUUGAUAAAACACACUGUUGUAAACACCACACCGGACGCCACAUCAAAUGUGAAAAUGGGUGACGCAGAGUGUCCUGAAGGCAAAAUUGGACCACAAUGUUUGUUACAUUGCAAUAGUGAUUUAUACGGUUAUGCUGGUUGCAAAGGCCAUAAAUGCGGUUCGUGCAAGAAUUCAACACCUUCAUCAAGAGAUUUAUGUAAUAAAGUAACUGGAGACGUUUGGACGGUUGUCAUAACAGUCAAGAAACAGUUUUACGUACCUUCUUUAUGUCGAACAAUUAUAGAUAAACCGGACACACCUACAAUUUACAGUAUAGACGAAAUAAGUAUAAAGGUUAAACUUUUUAUAACAUGGAAGGAUGAAUAUGAAGGAAAGCUCUUUUAUGCUUUCAACAUUAUACCAGAUACAAGUAAUAAUGGUAUACUCUGGAGACCAGUAUUUUCGAAUGGAACAGAGUUGAUAGAACACUUUACAAAUUUAGAAUCGGGUACCAUUUACAACAUCAGAUGCUUAUUACGUGCUUGUAAUCAAUAUGGUCUGAUGUGUAGUUACAGCAUGCAAAGUGAAUAUCAGGAAGCAGAGACUACUUGUCAUCCGUCUGACUUUGUGCUGAAACCCGAAGGCCACAGUUUGUCAGUAGAUAGGAAAAACCAACUAUUCCCAUGUCCAGCGAAUCGGUACGAAUUGAUAAUACAACGUACAGAUACGGGCAGUGUGGUCUUAAGUGCAGCAAUCAGUAAAUUUCCAUAUAAAGUGCCAUAUAACUUAUCAUCGUAUACUUUAUUUAAUGUGACCAUACUUGAUAAAUAUCAAAAAAUAUUUUCCCAAAAAAUUCGUACAUUUGAGAAAGCCCCAUCGACAGUGUUAAAUUUUAUAAGCAUGAAUGUAUCUGACACGAAUGUUACCUUGUCGUGGAUGGCUCCAACGCAACCAAAUGGGAUCAUAGAGGGAUAUAACGUAGAAUUACAGGUUAUUAAAUAUCUUGGCUGUAAAGACUCUACAUCUGAUUUAAGUAGUAUUAAAACUACACAUCAAACAAAAAAUACAACAAUUACAAUUCACAAUUUACAUCCGUAUGCAUCGUACAGAGCACAGAUCGUAGCUUAUAAUGCACGAUUUGACAGCGAGGUUGUAGAGACAAUCUUUAAUACAAACAAAUCUGAUGUAGCAACGGAAGUAUUCAGUCAAUUAAAAGCACAAGGUUGGAAUUUGACAUGGAAGCCACCAGAAGAUUGUACCACUAUUACGGGACCAUUAGAUGCUAAAAUAAAAAUACGCAGUAUUAAGGACGAUAGCGAAAAUUUCCCCAUAGUAAAAUAUACAAAAUAUACUUAUCUUCCCUUGUAUAAGGCGGAAUUAUACGCUCUCAACCAAUUUGUGGCUAGAGUAUAUGUAAUAAGAGCGAUCAAUGCUGCAGAGAAUCCUUCUGCUUAUCAAGAAAUUGAAUUUGCAGUUCCGCCUGGAGUCCCGCCCCAAGUAACUAAGCUGGACGUUUACGAAAUUGACAAGCACCAAGAUCCCAUGGUUGUAUAUUUGAGAUGGCAAAAGCCAAUUCCACCUCUCAACGGGACAUUACGUGGUUAUAGCAUCCGAUUAUGCAAUAACGUACAUGUGUGCUCUUAUACAGAAGUUCCAUUGACUAAUACUUGCAAAUUAUGGGAUGAUUAUGUUUGCGGAUCUGUUCAGUUGGAAAACAAUAGUUCUUUAACAAUUGAAGUUGUCGCAUACAACAUGGAUGUUCAUGAACCAGGACCUCCAGUUAUAAUACCUCAGAAAAUAUUUGAUAAAAAUCUAUAUCAUGAUAGUCUAAAUCUCAAUCUACAUCCCGCUAAUUUCAUCGUUGUAACUCUUAAUAAUGGCAUCGUGGACCUAUACUGGAAUCAUCCUUGGAAAACGGGUUACACUUUGAAGUAUUUCGGUAUUAAAAUAACUGAAGUUUUCACCAAUCUCUUUAAGCGUUUCGCAUUUUUGAAAGAAAAUGCAAAAGCUGAGAAUGACAUCAUCAUAGUGGUGUCCAAUUAUACGCGCACUUAUAGCAAAAGAGUUUAUUUACAUCCUUCAACAAAAUACUCCAUCAUCAUUAGAGCUUAUACAGUUCCGUACCUAAAUGGCAGAACAUCGUACAAGCAAAUAGAAACACCUUCCAGCUUAAAGUUCGACGGUCCUCUGAAAUAUAUAAUAAACGAUUCCACGAUUUUGUUAAUGAUACCUCCUGUGAAAAAUUAUACGAUAAACAGUAUAAUACACAUCAUAGUAAAAGGACCGUUAGGGCCCAAAGGCUGCAAAGGAUACUUGAAAGUACCUGAAAAUCUGCAAGCGUUAGCAAGCGUAAACGUAUCCCAUAUAGCUUGGGAAGCAGCUAACUUUCCAGUACGUAGAAUUGCUGGCAAAGUUUUUGCGAUUGGCGACAAUAAAAUGUAUGGGAAAGCCAAGAACUGUCAAGUACAACCUAAAGAAUUAUACGAUAUAACAGUUAUCGUAAGUGAGUAUAAUCAAAGUUUGUAUUUCAAGCCGAUUGCGCUGAGAAUAACUGUCAACACUGAAGUCUCAUCGAUGCGCAACGAAGUGUGGCUCGUACCUGUAAUAUUAAUAAUAUUGAUCGUGUGCAGCGCCGGCGUAGCUCUUACGUUGCGUUGUUUUUAUCAAAGAAAAAGACAAAGAGCGAUUAAAUUAAUGUUACGGAACAAUAUAGCCUUAUCUCAUAACAUCGAGAAUUAUGAGCAUGAAAGACAUUCUGUAAUAUCAAAUUCGGAACAGAGUCUCUCAACUCUUUCCGACAGGCAAUCGCGAGUAACUUCAUAUCAUCAUUAUGAAGAGAUAAAGGAAAUAACAUGGAUAGUGAAAGUAAAAGAUUUCGACACUUUUGUUAAACAGGCAAUAGAAACAGGAUUGCUGAAUCAGCAAUGCGAGAAGUUACCAAAACAACAAACUCAAUCAUGUGUUCAUGGUAAGCUUCCACAGAAUAUAAUAAAAAAUCGAUGUGAGAAUCUUGUUCCAAAUGACGAUACGCGCGUUGUGCUGAAGCAACUUCCGAGCGAUCCUCAUUCCGAUUAUAUCAAUGCCAAUUACAUCACCGGCUAUAGGAAGAAGAAACAUUACAUAGCCACUCAAGGGCCCAAACCCAACACGGUUAUCGAUUUCUGGCGCAUGAUUUGGCAAGAGAAUGUUCUAAUUAUUUGUAUGCUGACAAACGUAAUUGAAAAUGGAAAGACUAAGUGCGAGCAAUAUUGGCCAGAUAUCGGCAAUAAGAAGAAAUACGGCAAUAUUAUUGUGCUGAAUGCGAAGCAACAUGUCACAGCCGAUUAUUGCUUCAGAACUUUCCAAAUCACUUACGGAAGAGAAACGCGAAAGGUGGAACAUCUGCAUUAUACGGCCUGGCCGGAUCAUGGCGUACCAUUGUACACAUACUCCAUAGUAACGUAUCUGAAGAAAUUAUUGGCAACUCCACCUGGUAAUGGCUCCGUGGUAGUCCAUUGUAGCACAGGCGUCGGCAGAACCGGAGUCAUCAUUCUGUGCGACAUUUGUCUCCGUCAAGCAGCGGCCGAAGGAGUGGUCGACAUUUUUGCCAAAACGGUAUCCAUUAAAAGCGAGAGAGCUAAUAUAAUUCACAGUAAGCAACAGUACUUAUUAGCACAUUUGGCGUUGAUGGAAUGUUUACUUUCCAUGCCGACCACGUUACCGUGCAAUAAGAUGUUGCCAAAGCAAAUCCAAGAAUUGAAAAAACAAUUAGCAGAACAACAACAAAGAUUACAAAAUACUGCAUGGCAAGACGAAGCUCUGCAACCGAUCCCGUUGGCACCGCCAUUGUCGGAGUGUAAUCGUAAAAAGAACAGAUUUCCGGAAUUGAUUUCAGAUAAAAUCAGCAGAAUAUAUUUGACGAGAUAUCCAGCAUCAGACGAGGACAGCGAUUAUCUAUCUGCUGUUUACGUAGACGGGGUAAAACUUCAGAAACAAUAUUUAGCCACCCAACUGCCCAUGCCAUCAACUAUUAGUGAUUUUUGGCGUAUGGUUGCCGAAUUCAAAGUGGAACUCAUUCUCAUGCUGCAGUUGCCUGACCCUCAAGAUCCGACUUGCUGUGGAAUCGCUCCUGCGAGCGGCGAGUUUAAACCAACGCCAUAUUUAAACAUUACAGUGAAGGAAAUUGUAGAACUGAAGUAUCAUACAUCACAAAAAUUGUUACUCGUUGAUAAUUCCGAGAAACCAUCGAGGGAUCGAUCCGUGACUAUACUCCGUCUUACAGAAUGGGAACCCGGAAGGAAUCAACCACCGCCAUCAGUCAUGACGAUGGUGAUGUUUUGGCAAGCCGCAGAAAGAAUUGCAAGAGGCGACGGACCUACUGUCACAAUUUGCCAUGACGGAGUAACUGGAUGCGGUCUCUAUUUAGCGUUGAGUUUUCUGCUAGAACGAAUGGCGGUUGAGAAAGAAUUCGAUGUUUAUUCAGCAGUACGUGCAGUUCGACGAUCAAGACCGGAUUUUGUUCGAUCCUUGGAACAUUUGGAAUAUCUGUAUGAUGCCGCAGUGACAUACUUGGAGUACUUUGAAACCUAUUCGAAUUUUUCAUGAAGUAAUAAUAAGGUACCAACAGAUAAUGAAAUAAUACUAUUAUGUGCGUAAUAU